UCCAAUAGCCAAUAGAAGAGUUCUCCUCUUUUUAUUGCUUAAAAUCGUAGCCUCGCAGGAGACAUAGCCCUGAAGAGCAAUCGUCUAGUUUCAACUCCGUUUUGUCCCUUGUUGAGUUUCGACUUCUUUUCUCCAUCGUCCUGUCUUUUUUAUUUGGUGUGCGUGUUACGACAAUAGUAUCCGGAUCAAGUCGCAAGGUGCAGCAAUGGAUUAUGGGUUUCGUCGUUCCUCGCAGAUCAACUUAUUGAUUACUCUUGGAAUCCUAAGCCUCAUGAUGUCGUCAGUGCUAACUAAUGGCGAGCCUGCAGCCAACGCAGGGCAAGCGAAUACGACGACAGCAACUGAAGCCUACGGUACGUUGCCAUGCCUGCCAGAUUCGGCGUUGAACGCUUUACUUGUCCAGAUGCUUAUGGCAAUACAGCCAUACUUCUUAUCUUACCAGUACCAGCAACAGAGAAUGCAAUCCUCCAAUAAUAAUGAAUUAUUUGCUCAUACGAGCGAACCGAUUAGGACGACCGUGGUGACAUCGAGCAUUGUGUCGACAUUGACGCAAACGCUGUCAAAAGUCAUUUCUAUUUGGUACCGAAACGAACGCAUACCCACUACCCUUUAUUCGCAAACAACUGUCGUUAUGACUGACUUGAUUACAAUCACCUCAACGCUCAAGGAUCAUGUGGAACCCACCGAAUGGAAAAGGGAACGUAGAGAAGUGGAAGAUGCGACGUUAUUGGAUUCCUCUUUGUCCGACGAAAUCGGUUUUGGAUAUCAUAAAACACGACCGCUACCUAGAGCUGAAUCUAUUGGCGUCCACGCACUCCCUGAUCAUCUAAUUCAACCACGAGUGCUGGAAGCUUGGAGCAACUUUUUGCAUGUAUUAGAAGAAACUCAAAAUAAGGCAAGGGAAACAAAGUAGAAUGUCUUUGUUAAAUAACCUCAAGAGGCUUCGA